GCGGUAACUCGACAACUCGUACCUACUUCAUUCAACGAAGAUCUCGAAAAUAUUGAAGUUGUUUGGAUAUUUUAAGGUACGUGCUUUCUUCUAACAGGAAAAUGUCGACAAAAAAAAGAAGUUUGGAUCUCUACUUGGCUGAAAUUUUUAAAGAGUUUAUUGCUUUAAAGGAUAAAGAUCUAAAAAAAUCGCAGGAAGUUUUUAAAAGUGUAUUUGAACAAGUAAAGCAAAAGAUGGGAGAGCAGUGCAAUUAUUUCAAUAAAUAUGCAACACAAGUACUUUACGCUGGAAGUGUCUACGAUGGGAUAAAGGUGUCGAAGUUGGAUGAGUUUGACAUGGACAUUGUAAUACGGCUGCCUAUUAAUUACGAUGAUGGUGAUGAGGGCAUCAUUAUAGAAAAUGAUCAGCCUGGAUUUGUCAAAUUAAAAAUUUGCAAAGCAUUUGACAAUCUAGAUAAACAAAAAGAAUGGGAUACUUGCCAUAAAGUGACGCGCGACUGGAGAGACGAUAACAAAUACUUCCUGCAGAACAAAUUCCGACAAUGGAUGCAUAGCAUUGUACAGAAAGCGCUAAAUACUAUGAACGGUGAGGUGACAGUCAAUGGUGUGAAAUACUUGAUGACGUACAAGGCUUCAGGCCCCGCAUAUACACUAAAUAUAAAGAAUUCUGACGGAGAAGAGUAUUUCAAAUUAGAUGUUGAUUUAGUACCAGUUAUACGAUUUAUGUUACCAAGAUGGCCGAAAGGUUACAGACAAAUUAAUGGAAGUCAAAUAAAAGAGUGGCUAGUAGUGCCCAAACCGAACAAGGCCAUUCAAGAUGACAAAGUAAAGAAUCGAUGUUGGCGUCUCUCUUUUCAAGACUAUGAACGGGAAAUGAUGAAAGAUUUAAAGCAAUUGAAACUGACUAUAAGACUGGUGAAGAAACUACGCGAUGCCCUCGGGAUGAAAGCCAUAGCCAGUUAUUACAUCAAGACAUUAUUCCUUUGGAAAAUCCAGAAAGUGAACGACAAAACAUACUGGCAGAGCAGAGUCAGCGUAAUUUUCAGAGACAUGAUUGAAGAAUUUUACAAUGCCAUAAACAAAAAGAAUAUUCCAUAUUUCUGGAACAACAACAACAAUCUGAUCGAAGGCCUCAAGCCGACGCUUCAAAAGCUGUACGCCGAACAACUGAAAGACGUCCUUAAUAGUAUCGACGCUAACGACGUCGAGAAAGUGACGUACAGUCUCCUCACACCCGACGAAAUCAAAAUCUUCAAGAGCUCCGACUUCUACAUAAAACAUUUGGGAAAUUCGGAAGGAAUAAAAGUUCAGCUAAAUUCGAGCUCCCCUUUUUUAGACAGACAGAUGUCAAGAGACAGCGGACAAAGUGUAAAAUCUAACGACAGCGACACUCUGCAGCUCAUAAAGAAACUAAUGAGCAAAGUUGAUGUUUUAACAGAUCUGGUAAUGGAACAAAACGAACGAAUUAAGAUCUUAGAAGCGAAUAGUUUGAACAAAAACCUGGAUUCUUCAAAUGAGAACAGAAAUUCGACGAACAAUAAUUUUAUAAAUGGUGCAUUCGCUGAAAAUGAAUGUUCACAAAAUUCCGAUGCUGUUAAUGAUUUACUGACCUUUUAAUUCUAUACCCAAUUUAUAAAAUAUUAGCCCGGUGUCGAAUAAGAUAUAGCCUAUAUUACUCUUAAGGCGCUUUUAAUGCUAGGUUAGACGUAAUUGCUGCGUUAGACGCACGGCGCACGGACGAUCUUCUUUUUUCAUACAACACGCUCCGUGCGGCAACAGUACGGCGCUUACGGCGAACGCUCGGAGAUAAUAUUAUUUUAUCCUGGCUCUGUCCUGUUGAACUGAGAUAAGAACUGAAGAUAAUAUGUGACAAAAUGUAUGCCACAAUGUAGCAUUCUUUUGGUGAAAUAAUUUAAAUAGUAAUUUGUCAUAAAAAAAUCUUUAACAAAGGGCGGCGUUUAAUUAAAUUGUCUGUAUCAAAGCGCCAUUGUUUUAGUAAUAAAAGAUAUCAUUCAGUUCAGACACUUGAUUAAAUUGCGCCGUUUUAUCAAGAGCUAAUUAAACCAAAUGACUACCACAAUAUCAUACCUACUAUACAAUUUUUUAUUAUUUUUUAUAGAUAUAAUAUAUAAGACCUGCCAAGAGGAAUGAUCUCUGUAUAUACUAUUCAAUAGAAAAUCGAUGCCACCAUAUUUUGUUUCUCCAAAAUUUGUAUCUGGAUUAAUAUUAAAAUGACCCUUUAAUUUAAAAAAAAUGGCCAUUAUUAAUAUAAAACUUAUUAAAUCACUUAUGGAAUUAA